AUGUGCUCUCUCUUCGCCCUCCGACCAAAUGGCCCCUCAAAAAUUUCUCUGCUGGGUCAGAUCCGGUGGGCAUCGUCCAAGCGCUGGCAAGCGCGUCAGCAGAAGGAUCAAUUCACGAGAGAGGCGGCGGUCCAAGGCCUGAAAAGCCGAGCGGCUUUUAAGUUGCUUCAGAUUGAUGAGAAAUAUCGGCUUUUCAAACGGGGGCAGACUGUGGUUGAUCUGGGAUAUGCGCCAGGAUCUUGGUCGCAAGUAGCUGUGAACCGCACCCAACCCGGCGGCCGAGUCCUCGGCGUCGACCUUAUCCCAGCACAACCCCCAAAGGGUGUAUCGACCAUCCAGGGCAACUUCCUAGACCCCGAAAUCCAGGCAUAUAUCCUCGACUUUUUGCGCAAUCCCAAUAGAGGCAGGCCGCGUCCGCCUGGCGCCAUUGACGAGGCUGGACCUAGUGCCCUAGAGACCGAGACCGAUACCGAUACCGAGAGAGAUGGAACCACAACCGACCCCGAGAAACUGGCGAAAGAAAGGACGGUAGAUGUGGUCCUUAGUGAUAUGUCCGCUCCCUGGCAACAAACUACUGGUUUUUGGAAACGGAGUCUAAGUAAUCCUUACAACAGGAUGAUGAAUACAAGUGGAAACGCCUUUCGAGACCACGCUGGAAGCAUGGAUUUGUGCAAUGCGGCUUUACAUUUCAGCUCGAUUGUUCUCCGAACCGGAGGACAUUUUGUCUGCAAAUUCUACCAAGGAAUCGAAGAUAAAGAGUUGGAAAGUAACCUGAAAGCAAUAUUCAACAAAGUCCACCGGCUGAAACCUGAAUCGUCCCGAAGCGAAUCAAAAGAGACAUUUUUCGUUGGCCUAGAUCGGAAAGCGUGA